UGGGAGGCAGCGCGACCGCAUCUGUCGCCACAUCUCGACGCUUCUCGCGCGCGCAAGACCGGACUCGUGUUGUUUUGUUUUGUUUUGUUUUUUUUUACAUUUCACCCCGGCUGAAAUCAAUGAAGGAGAGACGCUCGUGUCAGAAAUUAUCUCUGAAAUCCGGCAUGGAUCCCAGUCAGAGUGUGAAGUGUAAGAUAGUGGUGGUGGGAGACAGCCAGUGCGGGAAGACCGCCCUGCUUCACGUGUUCGCCAAGGACUGUUUCCCUGAGAGCUACGUCCCCACCGUGUUUGAAAACUACACGGCCAGUUUCGAAAUCGACACCCAGAGGAUCGAGCUCAGUCUGUGGGACACCUCAGGAUCUCCGUACUACGACAACGUGAGGCCCCUCUCCUAUCCGGACUCCGACGCCGUCCUCAUCUGUUUCGACAUCAGCCGCCCGGAGACGCUCGACAGCGUGCUGAAAAAGUGGAAAGGGGAGAUCCAAGAGUUUUGUCCCAACACUAAGAUGCUGUUGGUUGGAUGUAAGUCAGACCUGCGCACCGACCUGAGCACACUGGUGGAGCUCUCCAACCACAGACAGACACCUGUCUCUUAUGAUCAGGGUUCCAGCAUGGCCAAGCAGAUCUCGGCGCCCUACAUCGAGUGCUCGGCUCAGCAGUCGGAGAACAGCGUCAGAGACAUUUUCCACGUGGCCACGCUGGCCUGCAUCAACAAAAACAACAAAAACGUCAAGCGCAGUAAGGCCGCCCGCGGCAACAAGAGGAUUUCGCACAUGCCCGGCCGGCCCGACCUGGCGGCCGUAGCCUCGGACCUCCGGAAGGACAAGGCCAAAAGUUGCUCGGUCAUGUGACUGAUCGGACUGAGGAGGAUUAGACUGGGAAUGAGGACAGAGCACAGUGUAAGCAGGAAGCUACGGGGCAACGCUCUUUCCUGCAUGCUAAAGACCCCUUGUUUGUCUGGAAAGGGGUUUUAUAAGCUUCAAUCGAUGUACAUGUUACUGGAAUACUCUGCACCAAUGAAAACUCAAUGCGUAGUAGCGUCCCCACCCAUGUGGCCACCCCUCCCCGCCCCCACCAGACGAGGAAGCUAUCUGUCAGCCAGCUACCUGCUCGGGGAAGUGACCCGCUUCCUCUGGGACGACGAGGCGGAUGCGGUCGAGGCUUUCCACGCCAACAGGAAAUGAGCGGGAGGAGUGAUGUCAUUAGGAGAUGCUCAUUUGCGAAGGAAGGGGUGUGAGAACACGUGGUCUUUUGAACGCGAGCCAAAGCCGGCGACGGGGGUUUGCCGCCUGGGAAGAGAAAGAGGAGCUGCCGUCGUUGUUCAAAGACUUUUCGCUCGGAGGGCUUGUACAACAACUUGCCGCUGCCGCCUGGACCUGCCUCGCUCUCACUCCUGCUCUGUAGCUGUUAGUCUGUGUGCAGAGGAGGUCAGAAGAGGCUUUUCUUAGUUCUGCACAAAGGAAACCUGACGCUGUUUGUCCCCUGUCUCUGAUAUGUUGUCGGUAUAAUGUGAAGUCAUUGGUGUGUAACUGCAUCAGUAUUUGUUUUCUGUUUGUUUUUUUAAUCUUAGCUUCACCCUAAGUUCCAUCGGUGAUGCUCGCAGCUGAACGUUAUCUCCGAUCACGCCGAGCUCUUUGAGUUUCUAACUGCACGUGUGUUCCGCCGUUCCGCGCCCGUUUAGUUCACCUUACCAGCUAUGGAUGCGAAACGACUCUCUGAAGACAGAUCGUUGAAAACAGUUGUCCACACUGAGCCCCCUGUAUAAGUAAAAUGACUCGGUGCAUUUUCACCAGCCUGUGCUUUCAGAUUAAAAAACAGAAGUAACGUCCAUAACACAUUUUAAAACUCCUAAUGGGCCCAAAAGCUUUAAUUGACCAACAUUUAACCAAUUUGACUAACUGUGUGAAACGUGUGCGUCCUAACAGGCGGACAGCCAGUUUGAGCUAUGAAUCACCCUUCCUCUGCACGUCAGGGAGAGAGUGGGAAUGAAAGCAACAAUUAAAGCUCGUUCAUUAGGCUCUGAGCACAUCAGAGCCCUCUGCUUUGCAUUUCCCCGGAGUGCUCAGAUUGUCGUUGGGUAAAAUCCCCCCUAAAGGCGCGGUCACACCGGCAUUUAAAACAGCGUGAAGUCGCAGUAAAAUCAAUUCUUUACAAUGGAAGAGCCUCAGGGCGUGGGUUCUCUCUCAUGUGGAGUUGAAAUUUGGUGAAUUUGUGCCAUUGAUCAGUCGUUAUCAGUCUUAGCAGGGGUGACUUUUGAGGGAACAGCCAGCUAGGAAGUGAAAAAGCUGUCACAUCUCAUCAGCUGUGUUGCACCAUCCACUUGUUGAGUAUUAACUGCUCCACGAAAGAGCAACGGCUCUGAAUACACUGUGUGAACACACUGCUAGCGACCAGUCGACUCACCUUCAAGUGAAGAGGGACACUUUCUGGUGUGACCAGGCCUUCAGGCCUGCGGCGCUCAUUUGAAUCUGGGUGUCAAAUCCUGAAGUCUUGAAACAGUGUUUUUGAAUUUCUGUCCAACAACAGUGCAGUUAAGGAGCUGUUUGAAUAACAUAGGCAUCGAUGCACUUUUAAUGGAACUUUCAGACUUCCCUGUUCGCUUGUUCAAAUGCCAGCUGUCACGUUUGGCAGCUCAGGCCUGACUCUUAUCUCCACUUUCUGAUUUGUCGUCUGUUCCCCGUGUACAUUAUCAUGUUUUUCUUGAAUGUUGAUGUCACCUUCAAAAUGUCUUUGCCAAUGGUGUUGCCGCAAUAUUUAUUGAAUUCUAUAUUUUCCCUUUAGAAUAAAUGCAAAUGGA